CUUUUUAACUAAGCAACCGCGUUUGCGUAUUGUCGAUGUCCUUUGCAUAACACAAUCAUUCAGUCUUAGUAUUGCUCACAAUAAGUAUGUGGUUAGCGUACGCUGUGUUGUUGUAUCUGCUAUAUGGAUGUGAAGCGACAGGAAACGGUACGUUUCAAAGAAACAAGGUGAAUGUCUCCUCCUACUCACCCAACCAAAGGAAUAAAUUCCAACUAUCAUACAUGGUAUGUCUCCCAUCCACCCCGUAUGCUCUUGUCGUCAAAGCCAAACCAACCAACACUUCCCUGCCGCAUAAAUUCAGAGUCGAAGUCGAUGAAAUGUUUCAUGAUAGCGCCAUCGUUGAAAUAGAACGACUGGAUUCCACAUCGGGUUGGGAAUGGAUGUCUCUGACAUUCCAAUUCACUAUUUACACGUCAGAUGAAAUAGGAGACGAUUGGUACAGACCUGGGAACGGAUACUUAUACAAGCUCCUACCAGAUAAAACGAUUCAUAGUCCCGCACGUGAUGCUUGUGAAGAGUUGGGUGGUUGGUUGAUAAUAUACGGAGAAAUUGACCAUACUGUUAGAGUAAAUAUUACGAGCCAAUACGCCAAGCUGGAGGUAAACAGCAAUAGAUACUGGAUCGGGUUGACUGAUAAAGAUAAAGAAGGAGAAUGGGUAUGGGAUGACUGGACACCGGUAGCUCCACAGCAAACCAGAUGGUAUGCCGGAGAACCAAACGAUAACAUAAUGCAGGAAAACUGUGUGGUCUCGCGCAGCGAGCGCGGCUGGUAUGAUAUGCAAUGUAAUUUGGAUAGUAAAAAGUUUUACACCUUGUGUGAAAGGCCAGACUUGAAGCUCAACAACAACUGAAACAACAGACAUAAAUGAAUGUAACUGAUUUAUAUAUCCUUGCGUGGUGGCAGCGACAAUCUUUACAACAAGGAUGUUCUGUUUCGUACACUUCGU